GUAUCGCGCUCACUAUCGCGAGAUAACAGACUAAAGUACAACAAUUUACAACUCUCCGAUCAUUUUAAUUAUAACAUAUUCGAUGUCGCUAAAUCAUUUGAUCCGUAAAAAUCCGUAAAAAUCGAUUAAAUAACUUUGGUGCCAGUGAGAAAUUCUGUUUUUUUUUUUUUUUUUGGUGAAGUUGUUAGCGAACGGCCUAGUUAUGUUUUCGAUAGAGUAUAGCAAGCAAUUUUUGAGCUACCGCAUCCUCAAGUCCAACAGAUUCAAAUACAUCUGACGAUCAGGACUCGGACUGUGUUGUUAUCAAAAUUAGAGAUUGUUUAGUGAGACUCCCUAAAGUGACCAAGGCCUGAAACGUCUUUAAGGUUAUAGAAUCGUUAGAAUCCACUCAGGGUGCUCGAGAGAUUGAUUUAGUCGAGAAAAUUCCAAGAAAAUCCAUGAAUUAGAGCUCUGGGGGCUAGAUUUUUAGAGUUGGUGAUAAAGGGGUGCCGAAAUUUAGGGAAAGAUAAAUAUCAAAAAAAUCCGGUUAGAUUUCAUUAAUUUUAAGAGUCAUAGCAGAAAUUCUGAUUUGGGCUAAAAAAUAGAUUAAAGAAUUUAGGAAUUAGGAAAGUGAGAUUUGAAAAUUCUUGGAGCGGGUGCUGUGUCUAGGUGGCAGGAAAGGAAAUUACAAAAAAUCCGUUGAAAAAUCCAAUAAUUGACCGAGAAAAGUCAGGUGUCCUAAAUUUGGUUUCCAACCACGUCUGGUCCUUUGAAAAGAUAAAUAAAAGCUAAAAAUGAUUGUUUACGUUCCGGGCAGAAUGCCAAAUCAGGUAAACCAGUACGGAGCGGCUCGAUACCCGGGUCUGCUGGGUUCUCCAGGAUAUUACAGCCCUGUGUCAACUUACUACCAUCAGGUGAACCAGUUCCAGCCUAGUAUCUACCAGGAUCUCAGCUGGCCAUACAGAAUGCCAACGGAAGACGAUCUGAACGUGUCGCCUCCAGGAGCUAUCAGUUUGGGAGCUUCUCCAAUGGGCCCGGUUUCCGCGGGGCCUGCUAGUCCAGCUCACAGCGACUCUGAUGCUUCUAAUUCUAGCUUGGAGCUUGGCUCUGUCAGGAGGAAUGAAAACGCUCAGCUAAAAUGCAGAUGGUCUAAUUGCGGAAAGUGGUUUACGUCACUGGAGCACUUGGCGGGACAUGUCGCGAGGUCUCACUCGGCCCCGGGGCUCAGAGGCCUUUUUUAUUGCGGUUGGGAAGGAUGUCCUCGAGGAGAAAGAGGAUUCAAUGCAAGGUACAAAAUGCUGGUCCACGUUCGAACCCACACCAACGAGAAGCCGCACCACUGUUUCCAGUGCGACAAGAGUUUCAGCCGGGCAGAGAACCUAAAAAUCCACGCCAGGUCCCACACAGGGGAACGCCCCUACGUCUGCCCGGUGGAAGGUUGCAACAAGGCCUACUCAAACAGUUCGGACCGCUUUAAGCACACAAGAACCCACUCCGUUGACAAGCCCUACUGCUGCAAGGUUCCAGGGUGCCCUAAAAGAUACACAGAUCCCUCCUCUCUCCGCAAGCACGUUAAAACCUACCGCCAUUACGUGGACAAGCCCCAGGUAUUUGAAGAAGUCACCCCCGAAAAGUCUGAUAAGAAAAAUUCAAGCCUAGAGUCAGUCGGAAGCAGCCCCUGCGAGGGUUCCAGCCCCUGCGAAGGCAGUAGUUUCGAGGAACAACGCAAGCUAGUCGACUGGAAGAACUCCUAUAACCUCCUCCAGGAACAGGCCACGCCUCUAGCCACGCCACCGAAAAGCUUCGAAGUCAUCAGCACCUACCCCCGAAUUUUCGACGAGUUCCGGACUCCGGAGCGACUUCAGGGUCCGGGUGCAGGUUUAGAGCCAAGAAAUUCGACCCCUAUCAAGGACACGCCCGCUAUUUCCAUCAAUCAGAAGGUCGACUACAGAAACAUCGACUCAAUAGUCUCUGCCCCUGUCCGCCAUUCCGUGAUCCGCAGGGUCGACAAAAUGGAGGUCGACCCCGAUCCUGAGCCCUGUUGCCGUCACAAGUGCUGCGUUCACAGCGACCAGCUGCUCAAGAAGACGAAAUUACUAUCAGACCUGAUUCUCAGGACACAAGACCCUGUUUUUAGGCAGCUUUUGGGUCAGGUAGACCUUAAAUACGAGCUACAGGGAAUGUGGAGCAAUUUAGGGGUCACCGACACGCCCCCUCUCAGGGUCAGAGAAGAAUCGCAGGAACUUCCUCUAGAUCUCACUGUCAGCAAGUGAUAUUGUCAUGUUAAGGGCCUUUGAGUCGCCAUUUUGUCGUCAGUUUAGAAAGUUUCAGUGCUUUCGGCAGUUUUAGGGAAAAAUUUGGGUUUUUUGGCGAAUUUUGUGGGGGGAAAAAAUUUAUUUAAGCUUCUAGAAGCUGUGAGAAUCUUAGUCUAGAAGUUUUUUUAGCGCUAGGAGUCAUAGAAUAAUUUCUACGGCCAUUUUGGGUUAAGUUUAAGGCUUUAAAUUGUGUUAAAGGUAUUUUAAUGCUGAAAAUUGGAAAAUAUGAUGUUUUAAGGGAGUUAUAAAAUUCUAGAAGCUUCAGGGACAGUAUUCUAGAGAUUUUGAGCCAAUUUGGAUCCUAGAAAAAUUUUCUAUGGUCAUUUCAGAGCUAAGAAUUAUAAUUGAGUUUAAAGAAUUUAAGAAAGGAUUAUUACAAAACAAAACAAAAAAAAAAAUUAUUCUACACUUUUAGAAGCUUAAAAAAAAAUUCUCUUGAAUUUCCGGAUAAUUCCGAGUCAUAAAAAAUUUUUCUGUCAGUUUAAAAGUUUGAAAAUAAAUUUUAGUAACGUUACCCCUCCGCUAAACAUUAUUUACAGAAAUAAACUCUUCUAGAAUCUUCACCGCCAUUUUAAAUAUCUCCUUCCCCAUCUUGUCUAUAACAGAAAGGGAAUUUUUAUUUUUUAAGUUUGUAUAAAAAAAGAACUCAAAGGACCAAAUGCGUGCGAAUUUAUCAGAAGUCUAGCUGGCCUAGGUCUUCAUUGCCGAAAUUUUAAAAUAAUAAUAAUAAUAAAAUCUCGGCAACGAUAACCUCGAAAUUACCGGUCUGUCUGUAAUAAUUAUUAUAGCCUUCUUGAAUGAUUAUUUUAAAGCUUACCUUAUUUUAAUUAUUUUGUUUAAUUAUUAAAUAUUUAAUAAUUUUAAUCUGUAUUUUCGUCAGACUGUUAAGCCAAAUAAUAAUUAUAAUUAAUAAUUAUUGACAUCUAUUUACUAUUGAAUGUUGCUCAAUACCGUGGAUCGUAUGUAUAUAACCUAUAAUUAUCAAAAAUAAAGUUAAUAAUGUUCGAUGUUGAUCCCAAGUGCCUGAUUGACAAUUUAAAUUUUGUUAAAUUAUGUAACAAUUAGCAAUAAAGUUAUUAUUUAUAAAAAA